UGCCCGGGGGCCGCUUCCUUCCCCCGGUGCGGGCUGCCCGGCUUUUAAAGGCGGUGCUGCGGGAGCCUCCCCCAGAGCUCAGCCAGGCCUCCGAACUACCCGGCCCGGUCCGAAGCGGAUCCUACAGCAGCAGCGGGGCCUGGGGGACCCCAUGGGGUGCGGGGGGGGGGCAGCGGGGCUCCGGCCGGCCCUAGGCUGCCCGCAGCAUGCCGGCCCCGCUGCUCCUGCUGUGGCUCGGCUGCCUCUGCAGCCUCUGCCGCGGGUAUUUCGAGGGUCCCCUCUACCCCGAGAUGUCCAACGGGACCUUGCAUCAUUAUUUCGUUCCCGAUGGGGACUACGAGGAGAACGACGACCCGGAGCGCUGCCAGCUGCUCUUUAGGGUGAGCGAUCAGCGGCGGUGCGGGGCGGCGGCGGCGAGAGGCGAUGGGCUGAGCCUGCGGGAGGAGCUGACGGUGCUGGGCCGGCAGGUGGAGGACGCGGGCCGGGUGUUGGAGGGCAUCGGGAAGAGCAUCUCCUACGACCUGGAUGGGGAGGAAAGCUACAGCAGCUACCUGCGCCGAGAAUCCGCCCAGAUCAGCGACGCUUACUCCAGCUCGGACCGAUCGCUGAGCGAGCUGGAGGGCAAAUUCCGUCAAGGGCAGGAGCAAGGGGGACGGGAGGAAGCCCGGCUGGGCGACAGCUUUUUGGGGCUGCUGCUGCACGCCCGCGCCUUGCUGCGGGAGACCCGGCACAUCUCCAGCGGGCUGCGGGACAAGCACGACCUCCUCGCCCUCACCGUCCGCAGCCACGGCGCCCGUCUCAGCCGCCUCAAGAACGAAUAUCUCCGGGCAUGAAGAGGGACCCCAACCCCGCCUGCACCCCGACCCUCCGGGGCGAGGGGCUUCGAACGCCCCCCUUAGCUCCUCCAACAUCCUCCCCCCCCCCCCCCCCUAUCCCGGAGGUUGCCGGGGUCUCUCUGGAAGGAGCCACCUCCUCCUCGCGCUAAUUCGUCCUUGACCCUGGGAAAAAAAAAAAUUAUUAUGUUUGGCUUCCUAAACUAAUAGCGCGUUUCUAUAAACCGGGAGGUUGGAGGUAUGUUUAAGUUAAUAUCCCGUAUUUAUAGAACCCCGUGUCAUAUUGUUCAUCUUUGGUUACAAAGCUCAGUAAGCUUUCUCCUUGACCAUUCCCUGCCGUGGGUUCUGCUGCGGCUCACCUGCCACAAACGUGGGUCAAGCCUGGUGCCCACCACGUGUAGUGGAUGCUUAAAUUGGUUUUGUUUUUACUCUCCUUCAGGGCGAAACCUCUGGCCCUCUAUUAACUGCUUUAAACUUUUGUAACAGUAUGUAUUCUACGCAUGUAUAAUGUUGUUCUACUGCAUAACUUGAAGCUGUGAUUUCCAUUUGCCUUUUAAAAGACAGGAACUAUUCUGGCAGGAUUUGUACUUUUCCAGGCUUCCUUAUCUGUGACUCUUAAGCUACCAAAGCCCCAAAAGCUGGCCAAAAAAGCUUAUGUCAGAUCCUGAGAAUGCUGAUGCAGAUUUUUAUAGUAAGGAAAAGGAGCUCUAGUGGUGACUGGAGUUUUGGAUCCCAAAUUUGAGAGCGGGUUUCUUAGAGCAUGUUUCUAAAGCAGGCAAAGAUGUUUGUGCCAGCACGGUGAUAUUUCUCAUUGGUGCCUUUGUACUUUUGCUAGCUAAGCUAUUAUUAAAAUUAUUUGUGCUCCUAGACAAUAGCAAAAGUGCCUUGUGGGAAGGAGGGGAAAGAUUGUUUGGGUUUUUAAACACAUUGCUAUUUAAUUGUCAAUUUGGGGUAACAUGGCUAGUAGGUUACAGAUACUGCAGGCAGAAUCCCUGUUUGGAUGAAAAGAAGGUCAUAUAUUGUUUUAAUAAACAUUUUUAAACAAUGUUAAAA